AUGUCAUCCGUGACUUACUACAAGGUGUGCAACUAUCUGCGCACAUGUCCCGAGGCAGUGGAAAUGGCACAAGGAACAUCACCAGAGACUCUGGAGAAAAGCUUGCUCUCCGUGCUCUGGUACAUGGGCUCGCAGGAAUCUCUUGCUCAGAUCUGCAGUCGCUUCUCAAUCACCGAAGAAUCGUUUCUGAAACGGCGCAGCAAAGUGACAAAAGCCCUGCUAUCAAAAUCAAAGGAAAAUCUUAUCAAGUGGCCAGAGAAAGAGAGUGAUAAACAGUUUGUGGCGUCGCAAUUUGAAACCCUCAGCCGCCUUAAGAAUGUGAUUGGGGCAUUGGACACGACACAUAUUCAAGUGAAAAUGGUUGAGGAGAACAGGGAGAAUUAUUUCAAUAAAAACGGAUACUAUUCUGUCAAGCUCAUAGCAGCUUGUCAAAGAGAUAUGAGUUUCACGUUCUGUUCAGCCGGCCAUGCAGGGCGUCUCCACGAUGUUCAGACACUUAUCAACAGCGGUUUGCGUGAACAUGGCACUGUACUGUGCAAUUCGUAUCAUUUGGUGGCUGAUGCAGCCUUCCCUCUGUAUGACUGGCUCAUCACACCUUACACCGAGGAAAACCUAAGUGAAUCGCAGCAGCACUACAACAAGUGCCUGCUUACAGUACAGAAAGUCAUCACAAGAGCAUUUGGUCUCUUGCAUGGACGCUUUCAUAGGCUUAAGGUUAUCGAGACUACAGAUAUCACAACAAUAGUGGAGAUUAUACUAUUAGCGUGUGUGCUACACAAUUUCUGUAUUGGCUGUGAUGAUAUUGGGGAAGAGUAUAUGGUUUAUGAAGUUGAGGAUGAGGGCGAUAAUGCCCUACCAGAGAACAAUAUCCUUGAGACACCCAACUCUGGCAAAAUUAAAAGAGACACGAUCUGCCGAAACCUAUCCGUAGGAAGACAUCGGUAG